UCCACAUUCAUCAACUCAUCGCGGGACCCUAGGAUGUCGCGCGAUUCGAUUACAGGUGGAGCUGCCGACCCGCAAGCCGGGUCUUCUUCUCAAGUUCAAUCGGCAGCAGUUAGUAAACGGCUUGCCGUGUUGCCGGAGGAGUUGCUUCUUCAGAUCUUCCAGGCCGUAGGCCAAAGCUCGCGCCGUGAUCUUUGUGCCGUCUCUCUCGUCAACAAGAGCUGGCACGAGCUCGCCGACGCCACCCUCUACAAGAGCAUCCGCUUCGACAACCCGGAGCAGCACUUAGUCUUCAGUACAUCCCUGAGCCGUCGCAUGCGACGUGGCUCUGCUAUCCAGGAUAUUAGUCUUGAAUACCCCACGCAUGAGCUCUCGCACCUGAGACUUGACGGCCACAUCCAUGGCUCUCACUAUGCGCCAGAUCGCUUCGAGGCGUUGUCGAGAACGAUCAGCACCAUGAGCAACCUCGAGACCUUGGAGGUGUCGGUGCCGGUCACUAUGCUCCAUGGCAUCGGCGCGCUGUUCAACGGACCGUUUGACCUGGCCUGCUUGAAGACCUGCACCCUGUUCUACCAGUGCCCGGACGACGCGUAUUGGGAUCUGCGGGAGAACAUCCACAUCUUUGCCCACCCUACGCUGGAGACCCUCACCAUCAGACGCGCGAAGCUGGACUAUCGCGGCUUUGACUUUAUCGAACGCCCGCACGAGACAACGCUGCAGAAGCUGCACCUCAUCGAGUGUGACAUCAGCGAUGACGCCUUGUCGGAUGUCCUGGAGUUCCCGGAAGGGCUGCGGGAGUUCGUCAUGACGCAAGCCGCGGAGCCUGCCCCCGAGCUGGAGGAGAGCUCAGACAACUUCAGCGAUUACAUCAUGGCGCUGAAAUCCCAGGCUCACUCCAUGGAGUCCAUCACCAUCGACCACCCGACCCUCACUGGUCGAAAGCCCUUGCGCAUGAGGAACUACGAGGUGCUGAGUUCGCUCCGCAUGAAUUGGGAUUACCAGCUAUUCGGCAAGUCGUCCAAGAAGCCGCGCCUGCACACGGUGGGCCUGCCGCCCCAGCUGGAGGUGCUGGAGUUCUUCAACGAGCUUGGCACGGACGGGGAGGUCACCGAGUUGUUGGAGUACACCCUGCAGGUUGCCAACGUCACGAACAGCAAGCUAAAGACCAUGGUCGUUGUUCCGGGCGACAAUGGUGUGCCGAAGGAGGUUGCUGCUGCUUGCAAGAUGGGAGGCGUUCGGUUGGAUAUCAUUGGCGCUUUUCCGGACUCGGAAGAUGAGGGCGAUCUGGAUAGCGCGGGAGAUUCAUCCUGAAAGGAGGGUGUGGAGUAAAGUAUGCAUAUAUAUAUAUAAGAAGUAGAAAACAGCACUGCCUCGUUCAUUGUGGCCAUGGCGCUAUGGAUUAGAGGCGGCGAUGAUUGGAUUCCCGGAGAUGAUAGAGAGAUGAUUAUUACCCAAGACCGAGAAGAUACAGAGAAACCUAGAUGGUAGAUUUUUGUUUAAGUUUUUAAAUGCUAGAGGUUCGUCAAA